AUGAACGAGUGUAACACAAAGAAAAUACAGAAUGGAGAUAAGACGAAGAGAAAGAAGUACACGUAUUUAUUUCUUAGUAUCCUUAUUUGUUUCGUAAUUAGGAUUUUUAUUUUUUUUCUUUUGAACAUAUUAGAAGGAAGUACUUAUGAAUACAUAAAUAAGUUGAUCAAUGUGGAUUUGAACAUACAACAUAUAAAAAAAUAUGAUGAGAGUAGAGAAUUGAAAGAAAAUAUAAAUAAUAUAAAUAAAAAAGGAAAACAUAUGGAAAAGAUAUAUGAUGAUGAAAGAAAUAAUAAAAAUAAUCUUUAUAAUAUAAAUAAUAAUUAUUAUAACAAGAUAGAUAUUAAAAUUAUUAAAACUAAUAAGUAUAUAAAAGAACUUGAAUUAUAUUUUCAAAAAAAUAAACGAUAUAAUAAUUUAAGAAGUUUUUUAUUAAAAAAUGAUUAUAUGCAUUAUUUAUUUAAUACAGAUAUAUAUAAUUUAAAAUAUUUAUAUGAUAGUUAUGUAUUAAGAAUAUUAAAAAAAGAUAUGUAUUCUUCUUUGGUUAUACGAAUUAAUCCAAUUUUUUUAAAAAUUUUACAUUUCCUUCUCUUCAAACCAAUAAAGAUAAAUAUAGAUGUAUUAAUAAAAAUAUGUAAUAAUUAUGAAUUUCGUUUCUUUUUAUUUAUAUGCAUAAUAGAUAUACUUAUAGCCAUCUUCUUAUUUCUUAUAAUAGACAAAUUAAAUAAUUGGAAUACAUAUUUUCUUUAUAUUAUUAGUAACAAUUAUACAACACCUCAUUUUAAUAUAAUUAAUCCUUUAUUAUUAAUAAAUAUAUAUUUAAAUAAUCCAAUUAACAUCUUAGCAAACAGUUUUUUAUCUCUAGAUAAUUUUAAACUCUUAAUUAUUACAGCAAACUUCUAUUUAACCCUAUCAAGAAUACAAAAUGUAUCAAAUCAACAAAAACAAAAUGUAUAUAAAAAUAAAUAUAAAAGAAUAUGUUCCUUUUUCAAUCUACUUCUUAUCCUUUUCCAUAAUGCUAUAUUAUUAUAUAUCACAUCAUUUCAUUUUAUACUGGUUGUUAUAGGAAUAAACAAUUUUAUUAUAUACAUAGAAGAAGAUUUUUUAAAACGCUAUCAUAUAAAACAAAAUGUUCAAUUUUGCAAACUUGCUCAUAUGCUAUUCAAAAAUAUGUUCUUGUUACUUAUCACCUUAAUUAUAUAUGCUCUAUUUAUAGUAAUAUCAUAUUUUCAAAACUCCCAUUCGCUAUCCUUUUUAAAUAAUACGGUGAUUAAUGAAUAUAAAAUAUUAUUACUCUUACCAAACUUGGGAAAUUUCUGGUAUAUCUUCUCAACGAUGUUCAGAGAUUAUUACUAUUCCUUUUUGUUCUUAUUCCACUUUCAUAUUUUCCUUUAUCCUGUGCCUCUUUUCUUUCGCUUGGUUAAGACACCACUCAUAUAUUUAAAAGUUCUCAUCGCAAUUGCUUUAGUAUUUCAACCAAAUAUAACAAUUAACGACAUUGUGUAUUCUUUGUUGUUGUUGGUUAUAGAUUACGAACGGACCAUAUAUGCUAUCCCCUUCAUCAAAUUGCUAUUAAUAUUACUAUCCAAUUUGUGUUUAUGUUUUGUGACUUUAAAUUUAUGGUUGAGGAAAAAUACGGGAAAUGCCAACUACGUGUUUUUUAACCAGUUGGUUGUUUUUAAUAUAACAACCUUUUUUAUAAUAAACAGUAUGAAGUUCUACAUACGAGUUCAAACACCCAAGAGUCAGUUAAAUGAAGGAAAGUGUAUUUCGAUAUUAAAUAAAAAGAAAAGCAAGUUUAAUUUUUUACACUUAUUCAAGAAAAAAUUAGCAUAA